AUGGCUGAUCUAUCUUCCUUGGAGACAGAUUUGACGGAAUGCAAAUCUCAGAUUGAAACUGUCACAUUAGGCUUGGAGGUAGACCCUGAUAAUGUGGAACUAAACAGCCUCAAAUCCGAACUCAAAGAAUACAUUACCGUUCUCCAAACUCAGAUUGCCGAACUCAAGCCAACUGCGCCCGCCAAACCAGCUCCCAAGGGCCGAUUCAAGGAGGAUGGUCCCCCAAAGCCUUCUGAGCAGCCAGAAGCACCUGCUGUAGCUCCUACUCCCCUAUCGUUCUCGGUGAACGACACUGUUCUUGCGCGCUGGGUCUCCGGCGAUCACGGUUUCUACCCAGCCAAAAUUAACUCCAUCACUGGCUCAUCAACCAACCCAGUGUACCUUGUCACAUUCAAGUCAUAUGCAACUGUGGAAAACUUGACGGCCAAGGAUAUCCGACCCAUCUCUGGCACUGACUCGCGAAAGCGCAAGGCUGAUGGAACCCCAGGCAGUUCGGCACCUCCCUCGCCCGCUCUCCCUCACCCCGGUGUCAUCUCCGCCGCGGCAGAUAUCAACCCCGCACUAGCUACCCAGGCUCGCAAGGAACCCAACAAGGCCAGUGAUGGACCGGCUCGUCCCGCUAAGAUGUCCCGCAAGGUCAAGGCGAACAAGGAGCUCGAAGAAGGCAAGAAUAAGUGGAAAGAUUUCGCUGCGAAGACCAAGGGCAAGGGCAAGGGUGCGUUCGGCAAAAAGGAGAGCAUGUUCCGCACUGGUGAGGGCGUCAAUGCACGAGUGGGAUUUACAGGUUCGGGACAAACCAUGCGCAAGGAUCCGACCCGGACCCGCCACGUUUACCAACAUACCGAUGAUGACGGCUAUUAG